UCUCGCCACAUCAAAAGACAACGCAGAAUCAAUAUCUAUAACCGCUAAAAUUUCUCACAUCUUUUGCUAAAUUAUAGCUCUCCGUCUCCAUUUCCACUUCUCCCUCUACUUCUUCCUCUUGGUCAUGGCGGUAAACAACGUGUUCUCUCUCCAAAUCAUGGAUUUAGCAGUUUUAUGCAUCUCUCCUAUGUCUUAGGUUUUCUGUUUGAUGUAGAGAGAGUGAGAGAGAGGAAAUGAGGGAGUUAAAAGUAGAUGAUGAUUCCAUCUCUGGGCUCCUCUGUCAAGAAAGUGAGACUUGUUUGGAUGACGAGCUGGUAGAGGACACCUUCAUUAACUUUACGACUUACGAUGACUGUGAAGAUGAGUACAUGGACACGUUGUUUGAAAGAGAAAUCUGUUAUGGGUUCAAAAGAAAUGAAUCCUUGGUUUUUGGAAACUGGGUCAAACGUGCUCGCUUGGAAACUAUCACAUGGAUUCUCAAAAUCAGAGCAGCAUUCGGAUUUAGUUUCCAAACAGUUCAUAUGUCUAUGACAUACUUCGAUAGAUUCCUUUCAAGGCGGUCCAUCUCUAGUGAAAAAUUGUGGGCUAUUAGAUUACUUUCAGUGGCGUGUCUUUCUUUGGCUGCGAAGAUGGAGGAGGUAAAAGUUCCAGCGUUAUCAGAGUAUCUGUUAGAGGAUUAUAACUUUGAUAGCAAAGUCAUUCAGAGAAUGGAGCUUCUGGUAUUGAGCACAUUGGAAUGGCGGAUGUGCUCAAUCACUCCUUUUGCUUUUCUUUAUUUCUUCCUCACGAAGUUGUGCGAUAUUGAGUCUCCACCAAGCAAUAUAGUGUCUAGAACUGUGGAGAUCAUGUUAGCUCUAAUGAGAGAGGUCAAUUUAAUGGGUCAUCGACCAUCUGCAAUAGCUGCUGCAUCCGCCUUGUUGGCUUUGGAUGAUAGAUUAACAAGAAGAGCAUUGGAGAUGAAGAUGAAUUCCAUUUCCCAUCGUAGAUUUCUUGAAAUUGAUGAGGUGUAUUCAUGCUAUAAUAUGAUGCGAAGAUUAGAUAUGGAGAAUCUUAAAAUUCCAAAGGUUGUAAAUUCGCCUAAUCUUUCGCCGACGACCCAAUUGAGGCCUAUUGGCCGUGUUGUAGAAAAUUCUUCGGUUACUACCAAUAAAAGAAGAAGGCUUACAUUCAGUGCCUGAGAUCAAAGUUGCGGCAUACCUGAUCAUGAUCAACUCUGCUAAAGAAAUUUGACUGUUAGAGGUUUCCAAACAUUUAUAAUUUUGGUUUUUUCAAUGAUGAUCAUUGGUCUUCUGAACUUUCUUUAAUAAUUACUUGAUGCACAUGAUUUGGGAUUUGCCUGAAUCUCCCUUAGGAACAACAAGGGAAGAGAGAAACAGUGCAGAAAAAGAGAGACCAAAAAGCAAAGCUCUGGGCUACAUAUAAAAGCUGAUCCACUGUGUAAGGGGGGGAAAACUGGGGGAAUGUGUGUGUGUGUGUGUGUGUGUGUGUGUGGUGGGGGGGACGGGGAGGCUGCGUGUAAAACACUAGAGUGUUAAUUCAUUUUUGUUCAUCUUUUUUUUUUUGUUUCUGAUCAAUUCUCCCUACCUGGUUCUUCUUUGUGGGUCUGCAAUGUCUGUUGCGAGCUGCCUUUUGGGGGGAUGCUUUGUUGGUGUUUUGAAAAGGCUGAAAGCAAGGUAGACUGAGGGAGAAAGAGGGGCAAGGAGUUGUUUAGGCUGCGUUUGGAUAGUGGAGUUACUAUUUAGUAUUUUAUUAUUAUUUUUUAUCACUACUAUUUACAGAUCAUAUGAGAUCACCUUACUACUCAUACGUGCCCAAUUCUUCAUUGCUCGUGUAAAAGUUGAAUGUGAUUGGAUUUGUCUGAAUGUUUGGGGCACCGCUCUUUUUUCUGGGUCAAGAUCAUCUGGCUAGGCUAGGUUGAGGGGACAAGAAACUCGAGACAUUGUUUGUGGAAUCAAUAGGAAUGCCUCUCUUUGUUGAUUAAACUCGAGACACUGCCGGCUACAUUUUUCGUAGCCAGCUGA